AUGAGCGUGCCGCGGCCCAACACGCCGGAGAUGCAGGACCUCCUCAAGGAAUUUCUUCAUGGAAAUGUCGCGCGACAAUACCCAGCGAUGAGAGAUCCUCUGACUGGAUUAGUCAAGCGCUUCCCAACUCCAGUCGUCGUGCCGCCUCAGCAGACACCACAAAUACCUGACUCUCCACGACCUUCCGACAAUGCAAUUAAGAGAAAAAGGAACGGAAAUGAGACCAAACUACCUGACAAAAGCAAGGAUGUACGGCCAGCACGAUAUCUCAAGGAACCCGCUGAGCAAGUGCCACGGAUCCAGACGCGGCGUUUUUACCGACGAGUGCAGAAGGCACUAUCAGCCGCACUAUCAACAACAUCGACGACGAGAAGCAUCUUCAUGCAAACUGCUGAAGGGGAAACCGCGCAUAUCAUCCCACAGUCGAAAGCAUCAGGAAGUUUGAAGACAACGGCAGACCCGCUCGCACGGAACCCGGACAUGGCAACUGUGCAGCAGUACGGACUGACAAUCACGUACCUUUGA